AUGAUAGCAAAGAGCAGCUCUGAUGAUGUUAUCGACAACGUUGUAGACACUAGGAUAGACAACAAUUCAACUACUAUUGGUCCAUCGACUGAAAAACCAUUACCACUUUGGACAGGUUUUGUUGGAUGUCUCGUAGCUUCGAUUUUUUUUGGAUCAAAUUUAUUACCUGUAAAACAAUUUUCAGCUGGCGAUGGAUUGUUUUUUCAGUUUGUAUUUUGUGUUGCUGUUUGGUUUGUUGGUCUUGUAGUUGAUCUUAUUAUAGGCAAUGAACGUUUCUAUCCACUUGUACUUAUUGGAGGUGUACUAUGGACAACAGGAAAUCUCGUUACAGUAUUGUGUAUAAAGGCUUGUGGUCUUGCUGUUGGUUUAUUGAUAUGGGGAACAACAAGUUUAAUAAUGGGUUGGGCAGGUGGUCGUUUUGGUAUACUUGGUCUUACACCACAAGUACCAAAAACUAAUUCAAAAAUAGCAUUGAAUUAUGCAUCAGUUGUAUUAGCUGCAUUGAGUGCAGUAUUUUUUCUUUUCAUUAAAUCAACAAGAACACCAAGAGUUGUUAGAAAUUCUGGUAUAAAUGAUGAUAAUUCAACAAUUGAAUUAGAAAAAGCUGAAAAUAUCAGUGAUGAAGAUGAAGUAAAUGUUGAAACUGAUUUUCCAUUUCUUAAUCGAUUAAGUGAUAGAGUACAACAAAUAUUAGGUUGUACUUUAGCUAGUAUAGCUGGAAUAUUUUAUGGAUUAAUGUUUAUUCCUGAUCAAUAUAUUCGUGAUCAUGGAGAAAAUUAUAAACUUAAUAAUGAAUUACCACCUAAUAAUGGUCUUUAUUAUAUUAAUUCACAAUAUUCAGGUGUACUUCUUUCAUCAUUAUUUUAUUUUAUUAUAUAUGCAGCAUGGAAACGUAAUAAACCAUCUAUUAAUCCAUCUAUUGUUUUACCAGCUAUGGUUAGUGGUACUAUGUGGGCAAUAGCAAAUAUUGGUUUUAUUGUUGCUAUUAGUGCAUUAAAAAAUGCCGUUGCUUAUCCAAUUGUUAGUGUUCUACCGGGUAUUGUAACAUCAUUAUGGUCAUUAUUUUUAUUUCGAGAAAUUCAAGGAAAGAAUAAUUAUAUAUUUCUUGGUAUUGGUAUGUUCAUUCGAAUCCUUGCCGCUAUUCUUAGCGGUCUUUCGGCAUAG